UGUAUGGGCGGAAGCUUACCCUUACAGAGUUAAUUAACGAUGGUGUUCGUGGAUAUUUAAGUGAGUUUAUUUUUGAGCUUGCUGAAAACGAUGGACUUCAGACAGCUAGAGUUAAACCCAAGAAUUAUAAGUGCGGCCAAGAAGGCGAACUUGAAAUCAGCGCGAGACAUCUUGGGUCUGUCGGGUCCAGAUCUGCAGCGUCUGACGCGACUCUCCAUGUCCGACGUGCAGCGUUUGCAAGCCGCUGUCGCUGUCGCCUUCCGAAAGUCGCCGCCAGUUACUGCACUGCAGCUGUAUCGAGGAGAGUGUCCGGAUCUGGAGCCUCGUCACCGGCUGACAUUGGGAUGCCCGACUCUAGACUGUCUGAUGCGCGGAGGAAUCCCGCUAAGCGGUAUCACGGAGCUAGCAGGGGAAAGCGGCGCUGGGAAGACGCAGAUUGGCCUGCAGCUAUGCCUGUCUGUGCAGUACCCUCAGGUGCAUGGGGGACUGGGUUCGGGGGCUGUUUACAUCUGCACAGAAGAUGCCUUUCCCAUCAAGCGGCUCCACCAGCUCAUUACCCAGCAACCUCGGCUCAGGCCUGAUUUGCCAACAGACCUUCUGCAUGGCCUUUGCUUCAGUGACAACAUCUAUAUUGAACACGCUGCAGACCUGGGAGUGUUGCAGACUUGCCUUUCCCAGCGUGUACCUAUCCUACUGGCUCGUGGACUGGCACGGCUGGUGGUCCUGGAUUCAGUUGCUGCUCUCUUCCGCUGUGAGUUCACGGCAGAAGAGUCUUCAAAGAGGGCCCGCCACCUAGUGGCCUUAGCCAGUACUCUCCAGCACUUGAGUCACUCCUUCAAUGCACCGGUACUCUGCAUUAACCAGGUGACAGAUGUCGUAGAGCACUGUGAUGCAUCACAAUUCCGUUGUGGGCUGGUGGAGUCCGCUGUACUACCUGCCCUAGGCAUGGCCUGGGCAAACCAGCUGCUGGUGCGGCUGAUGAUGAGACGGCUGGGGGGUGUCCCCAGCCUUGGGGCAGGGAUUGGUGCCGCCCGAAGACUGGAGGUGGUGUAUGCACCACACCUCCCACGGGCAUCCUGCCUCUGCCACAUUGGUGAGGAGGGUGUGAAAGGAGUACUCUCUCCAGACUCUGCCCACAUUGUGUCAUCUCACAUGGACCUGUAUGGAAAAACAGAGGUGUAGAGUCAUCGGUGAGGCUCCUCUCAAUGACUGCCAGCAGUCUUGACACUCAAGGUAACUGAGGGCUCAACUCCUCCAGUAACUCACCAGGUGGAAUCAGUGGAGCGGACACUGUAGUCAUUUCUCCUGGGAAUACAGACAGCAAGAUGGAAAGAGCCAAACAGAAAAUGUUAGUGAGACUGCCUGGAAGAAAGAGUAAGAAAUGUUGAAAUUUAUUGCAUCAACUAAAGUGCACUUUUUCUGAUACAAAUAUUUAUGACUUUCACAAGUCUGAAUAAAAUAAUGAUGCACACAGCACCUUUGGGACAACAGUCCCAGCAUCCAACAGGACCAGAUGGAACUGGGAGACCAGGACGAAGAAUUGCACCCUCAAGCUCCCAUUGCAUGGUCAAGUGGCAUUAGUUUACUUGAUUUUCAAGGAAUUUUUCUAUUGUCAUUUUAUCUAUUUUAAACUGUUCUGGUCUUUUGAAGGGCUGGAUUUUCUUUUGAAAAUAUAAAAUAUCCUGUGCCACAAUGCACUUUUAAAUAUUGCGUAUUUGUUAUAGGCAUGUUUUAAUCCCAGGUUAUAAUAAAAAGCUACUUUAAGAGGUGUUACUCUAAAUGUCUUUCUGCAGAAAUCUGUAGCACUUUAUUGACGGUUUAAUUUCAGACUUAAGGUUAACAUUCAAAAGAAUGGUGGGGUUUUUUCUGUAUGUAAACAUCUAUAUGAGGUCAACAGUGAAAUACUCACAAAAUGAGACCUAAAAGUAAAGAAAUUUGAUGAACUGACUCCAAGGGGACUUGCAUGCAUGUACAGUUAGUCCCCCAGUUAUAAAUGAGAUCCGUUUCCUAUGUCUCUUCAAUCCAGAAAAAUAAUAAUACAGUACAUAAAUAUUAUGAUGAUGGUGAUAAUUAUUAUUACAAAGUAAUAAGGAAAUUUCUGGCCGAUACUGACAGCCGUUCAUUUCGAAAACUGAGACUAUUAUCGAUUGUUUGGGAGGUUCUGCUUAAAUUAAAAUUUAAAGGGACGCACCAGCCAAAUAAAAAAUAAUUAAUUGCAUUCCAAAAAUAUGAAAAAGUAAAUAUUUACUGUAUACAAAAACAUUUGUGACAGUAAAGGGGUGAUCGAGUGUGAUAAACUAGAAAAUGAUUUUCCUAGUAAUAUCUUGAUUUCAUAGUCUGCACUGAAUUUUCUUUUGCUAUCAAAUGCUUGCAGUUCUGAUGGACUAGUGU